UAAUUAUAUGCAUGUAGGUUAAAUGAAUACCUGACGAAAAGGCCCCUGGUUUUCACAGUGUAAUUCGAUAGCUGAGAGGAAAAAGUGGCUGUAAGCAACCUUUGGAAUUCACAUUUUCCUUUCUCCUGUUUGCGCCUUUGAGAAGAUGAUCACUAGCUCCAGUGUACAUGGCUUAAAGAUGCAGUGGACCCCAGAGCAUGCGCAGUGGGCCGAGCAACAUUUCGACAUCUCAUCCACCACACGUUCCCCCGCACAUAAAGCAGAGGCGUAUCGUGGACACCUGCAGCGGACCUACCAGUAUGCCUGGGCCAAUGACGAUAUAUCAGCUUUGACGGCCUCCAACCUUCUGAAAAAGUACGCAGAGAAGUAUUCUGGUAUCCUGGAGGGUCCCAGCGAGCGGGCGCUCCUCUGCUCAUACUCCGAGAGUGCCCAUGGACUCCUGAACGGACGCAAGUCGGAGAGCGAAGCAUGGCAGGAGGGGAUCUACCCAAUGAGCUGCGCUGCAGAUGUGAUUUCUGCUAGUAAGACUGGCAUGACGCCCGCCCUGCCUCCUCCAGAUGUGACGGCAAGUGUUGGCAGCUCCACGGGAGUGGCUAGUAGCUUGAGCGAGCCCAGCUACUCCAGCAGUAACUGUGGGAAUCAUGCGUCUACUGCACUCCACUCGGGUAUCCCCUCUCAGGAAUUCGCUAGCAGUUACAAUGGCUCGUACUUGCAUUCCACUUACAGCGGUGGGCAAAGCACACCAGCUCUCCCGUCCCCACAUCCCUCACCUUUGCACAGCGCUGGGCUCCUUCAGCCUCCACCCCCGCCACCUCCAACCCUGGUGCCCAGCUACAAUGCAAGUUCCCCCAAUCUCUCCAGUUACAAUUACCCUCCAGCAGGGUAUCCCCCACAGACUGCUGUUCCCCCAGGCUACAGCCCAGGAGGAGCACCCCCUCCUUCAGCUUACUUGCCCUCAGGCAUUGCUGCCCCCACUCCCCUACCCCCUUCCACCCUUCCCGGUUACUCCUACCAGACCCACAACCAUGGGCCAAUUGCACCAACCCCUUUGAAUGGCAGCUCGGCUAACACACUGAAAAGAAAAGCAUUUUACAUGACGGGCCAGGGAGAUAUAGACUCCAGUUAUGGAAAUUUCAACUACAGCCAGCAGCGUUCUGCUCAAAGCCCCAUGUACAGAAUGCCAGACAACAGUCUUGACUCAACCAGAGGGAAUGGAUUUGACAGGAAUGCUGACACAUCAUCUUUGGCGUUUAAGCCCACAAAGCAGUCAAUGCCACCGGAUCAGCAGCGGAAGUUUGGCAGUCAGUCCGGCAGGGCACUAACCCCUCCUUCAUACGGAUCCUCCAAAGGUUCCUUGGGAUCCCUACGGUCAGGCGAGUCAUUUGGAAAGUUUGGUUCCCCCGUUUUGAGUGACCAUGGUGACGACAACAGACAGCAUCUCCCCCAUUCCAUGGGCACGACUACUUCAUCCAGCCACCCUGCGGAGGAGCAGUUAAAAAACAGCGAUGCUAGUCUGGUAGAGAUGGUCACCACUGAGAUUCUGCAGCAGACGCCCCCUGUGGACUGGAGUGACAUUGCUGGACUGGAGAUGGUGAAAGCCACCAUCAAAGAUGAGGUCCUGUGGCCUAUUCUGAGGCCAGACAUGUUCAGCGGACUGGCCACAUUACCUCGCAGCAUCCUUCUCUUUGGACCUCAGGGCACGGGUCGGACUCUUCUUGGUCGGUGUAUGGCCAGUCAGCUUGGCGCUACUUUCCUCCUGCUUAGUGGCUCUGCACUGGUCACAAAGUGGCUGGGAGAGGGCGAGAAGAUCGUCCAGGCCUCAUUCCUUGUCGCUCGCUGCCGGCAGCCUUCGGUGGUUUUCAUCAGCGACGUAGAUCUGCUGUUGUCUGCCCAGUUGAGCGAAGAGAGCCCGGUGAACCGAAUCAAGAGUGAACUCCUCCUCCAGCUUGAUGGAGUUCUAAGCUCACCAGAGGAACAUGUUCUAGUGGUAUGUUCCACCAGCAAACCUGAAGAGAUUGAUGAAUCUCUGCGAAGGUACUUUAUAAAGCGGUUGCUCGUCCCCUUACCGGAUGCCACUGCACGACAUCAGAUAAUCAGCCAGCUGAUCUCACAGCACAACUACUGCCUCAGCGACAAAGAGGUUGCCCUGCUUGUUCAGCGGACAGACGGCUUUUCCGGGCUGGAUGUGGUCCGACUUUGCCAAGAGGCCAUGGUCGGUCCUCUCCAUGGCUUGUCCGGUACAGACAUUUCCGGAAUGAUGCCGGGUCAGAUGAGGCCGGUAUCAUACCAAGACUUUGAGAAUGUGUUUUGCAAAAUCCAGCCCAGCAUAUCACAGAAAGAACUUGAUACAUACACUGAAUGGAAUAAGAUGUUUGGCUGUAGUCAGUAAAGAGCGAGGGCAUAACUAAAUCGGUGGGGUGACCUCCCCUACUCUAAACGGGGAUACAAUUCAGAAUUCUUUGGGUGAAACAUGCAGUUAAACAGUGUGGUUAUUACAAAUGUAGAUGACCCCUAAAGAAGAACCUGAAGGACGGUCAGAUAGAGUUGAAUGAUGCAUGACUGUACUUAAGUCAAGGUCUGGCCCUUUGCACAUAAUCCAGACAGAGAAAUACUGUUUUCUGGGCUCAGUACUGCAGACGCAGAGCUCCACUUACCGAGGGGCUCUGUAAGUGAGGACAAACUUCUUUGUGUGUAAAUAUCAUUCUGCUGUUUUUGAGAUUAUGUUGCUAUGAAGUGCCUGAAGUGGUACUUUAUUGAUUUGGAUUUGGAUUUGUUUGCCUCACCAUCUCAUUGGUGGCAUGUGCUAAUAUAGAGAGCUUUAACAUGAAACUAAAACAGAUAUGUUCUGCUUUUUGUUCUUUUCCUUGUUUUCAACACUUCUUUCAAAAGAACAACAGUAUUCCUCAAUCAAGUCUGACCUGUAGACCCCAGGAAGGGCAGGAGAAGGUCCAUGUUGUACUUUGAAUCUGGAUCCUAAUUUAUGAAAUUCAUUUGUGUUAGAUUUUCUUCAAAAACUCAGGAAAGUGAUUUGUGAUUUGUACAGUACCUCAAAAAAGAUUAUGAGAUAGCACUACAUACUGCUGACAACAUUGGGUUUGGUUUCUAAUUUCUAACGCUAGGUUUACCUCAACCAAUUAAAAAAUGAAAAGGAUAUGACUAUGAAUGUAACCAGAACAUUUCUGGGUUGUUUAGAAGAAAAAAUUGAAGAGUUUCUUUUUCUUCCGUUAUAUUCUUUUUGUUCUUUCUAAAUUACUUUUUAAUUCCUUUGUGGAUAU